GAUGUUGAGGAUGGCAUUGAUGAUUCCGUGAACGCAAAGCUGCAAAUUGAUAACCACGCAACUACAGAACCAAAUCGGACUCCAAAAUUCCGUUUGAUACGGAAAGAGUCUGUACUUCACGCAACCUACCACAAUAAGUUUGCCGUCGGCCGAAAGACCUGCAUGAUUUCGGAAAGUUCCCCGCCUACCGUGUCCCUUCCCAUCCUCUCAAAUCUGCAUCCAUCUAUGUCUAAGCUCUCUUCUCUCGUCAAAUUCUCGUUCUCAUUACGCCCCUUACGUUCCUUUUACCGCCAUUUCUCCGAGCCUCGCCCUACGGGUAUCCGCCAGAAAGACGUCGGCACCAUGAGUAGUUCCAAUCCUCCAGUUUCCCUCGUCCAAGAUCCGAACCAACAUUUGGUCUGGGUGGAUUGCGAAAUGACGGGAUUGAGCAUUGACCGGGACACGCUGCUCGAGAUGGCUGUGAUUGUCACUGAUGGUCGGUUGGAAAUCGUGGCCCAAGGGCCAAAUAUCGUGAUUCACCAGCCCGAUUCUGUCCUGGCAGCCAUGGACGAUUGGUGCACGCAACAUCAUGCCCAUUCUGGACUCACUCAAGCGGUGAAAGACAGUCCGAUCAGCUUGAAGGAAUGUGAGAUCCAAAUGUUGGACUUUAUCCAGUCUCAUGUGCCCAAAGGCCAGUGUCCUUUGGCGGGGAACAGUAUUGGUCAAGACCAGCGGUUUCUGACCAAGUAUAUGCCCGAUUUCAUGAGCCAUCUCCAUUAUCGAGUGGUUGAUGUGUCCACUAUUAAAGAGUUGGCUAAGCGUUGGUAUCCAGAGAUUGCUCAAAAGGCACCCAAGAAAAAGGUGACUCACCGGGCUUUGGAUGAUAUUAUGGAGAGUAUUGAAGAGCUACGAUUUUACAGAGCAACUCUUUUCAAAUAAUGAUAAAUCUCAAGAUGAAAA